UAGAGCACCACCAACAACAACUCAACUCUCACUAUGUCGUUGGUAGCCAUUUCGCUGCCGACUUUAUGGCUUGCACCUCCUCCAGGCUUUGCUGCUUCUUCACAUGAUCCCAACAUUGAACCUGCAUUUAUCGCUAUCAGUGCCAUUUUCGCUAGCCUUGUCGUUGUCCUUGUUGCAGUCAUACUUAGCAAGAAGAACAGAGGCAGUUUUCUUGACGACACCAGUGAGCACAUAGAGCGAAUGGACAAGCACCUCAAGAUUAGUGGGCCACUGGAAGACGUACUGAGAAGGAACAAUGCAACAGACCACCAACCCAGACCAAGGCUAUGGUCAGGGUUUUCCAGUUCCAAUUCGGAUAUCGUUCGAAGAGAUCAUGAAGUCGAAGAUAAAGAAGCAGAAGCAGCAGCAGCAAGUAGAGGAGCUUUUGAACUAGCCAGCAAACCAGUUCGUACACCAAUCUUCCACAUUAUCGCACCACAUCCCCCAAACGCUGUUGGGCUCGAGGUCCGUCCGCGUUUAUUCUUACAAGGCCAUGGAUUGCCUACUCGAGAUGUUUACCUACCGCCACCCCGAAUUCCCCAGUCUGGUAACUACAGCGGCAGUAGUAGCAAGAACAAUGCGCUUCUGCAGACGCACUCUGCACAUACUGCCAGUCGACAUCCGCACUCCGAAUUCGGCGACGAUAGUACGGUCGUGGGCGACAAAGCCGAAGUCGAGACUCUGCGUAGCGAUCUGAAUUUUCCGGAUACAGACUCCGAUAAUGCAUCUUAUGACGAGAGGCAAUGGAAGCUAAUGGACAACAAGGCACUCGGCUUGCUAGGCAGGCACUGGGAGUGAUUUGGAAGAGUACGGAAACAUCGAUUAGAGUUGGAAUUAGAGGUAUCAGUAUUGUAUCAAAUCGAUGUGUCAUCCACAUUCCUGCCAGCUCAAACUCUCACUUCAGCCGCCCAAAAUCAGCCUUGAGCUCGACGUCUCCAUCUUCAUCCAAAACUUUGCCUCGAUCCCACUCCCUCGCCUGGCCCUUGCUUGUCCACACCACAUCCUCCUCAUUCUGUGUGUCUCCUCUUUCCCACUUCUUCACCUGCGCG